AUUUCAUUGUUUGUUUUGGGUUUGACAUUCAAUUUAACUCAUCGUGUACAUCCCUAGAAAUCAUCACCACCAAUUUAUAAAGCAGAGUUAUUAAACUGAUGGUUACACCACUCCACCAGAUAAUAGAGUUUACAGUUUAGUACCUACUAACUAGAGUAAGUGGGCGGUUCAAUUCGGCAAACUCUAAUUCCACAAGCAGUUUUGGGGCGUUUCUUGCGAUUGGAAUAGAGCAUUCAAGGGAAAUGGUGGACUCGACUGUGGAUUACGUUCAGAUCAAGGCAUCGAAUUCCGAGUUAGAUAAAAGAAUUACUGCAUUUAUGGAACGGAAACGAGCAGAGUCGGACGUAUUUAACGUUCAAGAGUUCUGCCACCGAUUGCCGUUGAACGAAUCGGAAAAUUCGUGUGCUCGCACAGAAGCUGUGCUUAUAAGCAGAAAGGGUAGCAAAAGUCAUCUUAAAGUGUCAAGAUGCGUCAAUAUGUGGGGACCGCAAACACACUCUGAAGUUCCUGCUCCUUCUUCAGCAAAUACCCAAUUGAUCCCGAGUCCUGCUAUCCAAGAACGCUUACAAAAUAUGGAAAAACACUUGGGUCUGAACACAAAAGUACAACCUAUUCCAAUGGAUGUGUACGGACGCUUAAAAACACUCGAAGAUAAAAUCCUUUAUUUGGAAAGCGUUAGUCCUGAAUAUCUCGACGGACCGUUUAAACUUCAGGACAAUAAAGAUGAUGAAAAUAUGAUGUCUAAAAUUGAACAAAAGAUGGAAGAAUUACGUAGAAAGCUGGUGUAGUAUUGCAAGUCCUUUCUGAUUGUUGAACUACUGAUCCAUCGAAACUUGAAAUACAAUGUAUUCCUCAUUUA